GUCUUCAAAAAAAAAAGAAGUGCCCGAACUGCAGUGCCCUAUCUGUCACCAACUGCUUUCCUCAUCGUGUAACCGAUUCGCAAUCAUGGUCAACUAUGGCGUCGUGCUCCUGUUGGGUGUUGCAUAGUUGAUGACUGGGUUGACUGCAGGUGUAGCGAUGUCUCCUUGGUAUGGCGGAAAUCAAACCGCAACGUCGCCGCCUUUCCUACACAACUAAAGCAACAACAGUUCCUGCGCCGAUGUCUUCAAGUACUACACCACCAAAGCACCGGAGUUUUAUACCACAACUUACGCUGCCCCGAGCCACUACACUGAUGCCCUGAAGUAUUACUCUCCCUGAGUUACUACUCCAUCUAGGUGACGGAGUACUACAUGACUACGCAUGCUGCCACAUCCUACUACACCGAGGCUUCUAACUGCUACACCGAGGCUCCCGCUGAUGUCUCCACCAAGACGGUUGAGUACUACACCGAAGCGGCAAAGUACUUCUCUGCCCCGAUCUACACAACCACAACUGAGGCGGCCAAGUAUUACGCAGUCCCGACUUGCUACACAAAAGCCGCUCUUUCGUGCUACGUUGAACAGAAAUACUACACUGAUGCUCCAGUCUACUACACCACGACCUACGCUACACCUAGCUUCAACACUGCAGCCCCCAAGUACUACACCGAAGAAGCCGCCUAUUACACAACUACGUACGCUGCCUAGUUUACUACAUCGACGAAUUUAAGUAUUGCCCUGCUCCAAACUACCAAAAUUAGGUUCAUAUGUAUUGCAAUUUUCAUUACUAUAUUACCUGCUCCGACCUAAACACCUAAGUUCUGAAGUAUUUCUCUGUAUUUGUGAAAGAUUGCUGAAAUACAAGAUUUAAUGAUA